CACGAUACGAUACAAUCAUACAAUACCAAUUACGAUACGAUACGAUAUUUUCAUUUCAAUUCAGUUCUCGUAAUUCUUUUGCCCGUGGGGCCCACCACCCUUUGACGUCUCCCACGUGGCCGGGUUCGAGUUAUCCGGAUGUUAUUCUUAUUUGGACUACGGUGUCGUGUAGUGGUAGUUUUCUCUUUGGCCUUUUUGUUUAAUUAUUAAUUAAGUAAAUGAAUAAGAAAGAAGGGAGAGGAGAAGAUUGGGGGAUGGGAAAAGGAGUGAUUUUCAUGGAAAAUUGAGGGUUGUUUUGUUUGUUUGUGGAAGAUGAUGAUGGAAUGAAGCUGACAAAAUUCAUUCGUGGUUGCGUGUUCUGUUUAAUAUAUAUAGUAUAUGAUUUUCAAAUGUGGAUUUGUUAACGUAGGGUGGAGUGCGCACCCAGUGUGUGGGAAACGAUACCAUUUCAUAAUAAAGGCAAAUGGGAGUUCCAUUGGAGGAUAUCAUAAACCAUGCAUGUGCUGUGGAGAUGUCUUGCAUCUCUGUGAGUCUAAAUGCAAGUCGUGCAAUCAUGUAACGAGCACAGAUGAUGUAGAAGAUUGGGUGUACCAGCAGUUAGAGAACAAUACUCAUCUCUUACACGCUGUGGUUCACUCCAAUGGUUAUGGGCAUCUACUCAGGGUCAAUGGAAGAGAGGGUGGUUCGAGGCACCUAUCGGGAUGCCAUAUUAUGGAUUUUUGGGAUCGAUUUUGUAAAAUGCUUGGAGUCAGAAAGGUAAGUGUGAUGGAUGUGUCCAAGAAGUACGGGCUCGAGUAUCGGCUGCUUCAUGCCAUCACCAAAGGUCAUCCAUGGUAUGGCGAGUGGGGUUACGAAUUUGGUGCUGGUAGCUUUGCUGUGACUCUUGAUGCCUACAAAAUGGCUGUUGAAACCCUCUCCAGCCUGCCCUUGUCAAUCUUUUCAUCUCAAGGACGGAAGCCCCGUUCGCACCUGCAGGACAUAAUUUCAUAUUAUCAGUCUUUGUCGGAGCGUAAGCUUUUAAAUGUGAGAGAUCUCUUCAGGUUUCUGAUGAGCUUAAUUCACAAUGUUCGCAAGUCAUCAUCAACCAUUAAUGAUGUAUCGGAUGAGAAGCAGCAGUCAAGGGUCUUGUGCUCGUGGACGAGAAGCGAUGUUACACGUGUUGAAGAAGCAAUGUUAAAAGUGCUACAUGCGGUAUCCGGGUCGAAUUGGGUAACUUGGCGCACCCUUAGGGGGGCUGUGUGCAAAGCAGGACCACCAGAACUCCUUGAUUAUUGUCUUAAGAAUCUUGGAGGGAAAGUAUCAUCUGAUGGGAUGGUUGUUAAUGCUCAACGCAAUCCUCAAUCAGGUGCUUUCGAAUACAGAAUCGAGCCUGGCAGCGGCAUUUCAUCGGAUACAGCCACUGUUUGCACCGAAUCGUCCAUCUCUAACUACCCAUCUGAAGAAAAUCUUCUGUUGGACUUGAGAUAUUUGUACGAAGCCAUGCUCCAUCCACAUUCUAUGGUUAACUAUGGUCCCCAAGCAACAAGGGAUGCAGCGGUAAGCUCGGCGGAGAAGCUCAUAGACUGUAAGCAGUUUGUGAAAGAUUAUAAACCCGAGAAGCUAUCGACUAAGUUGAAUCCUUCUUCGAUAUGCCUCUCGUGCGAGGUUGAAGUCGUGGAGGACUUGAAAGACAAUUCUUCAAGACCCCCUUGGGAACUAGUAGUACUUCCAUCUAAUGCAACCAUGUCUGACCUGAAGCUGGAAGCAUCAAAAGCUUUCCAAGACGUAUAUUUGAUGUUCAGAAGGUUUCAAGUAGAAGAAAUAGUCGACCAUGGCGGUGUAGAUGAUUCCACCCAGGUCAAGUUGUUGUUCGGACAAUCGGAGUCCGUACGUGUCCGAGGAAGAUGCGGAGUGAAAACUGCGCUGAACAGGUUUCGAAUGGAGAGGGGGGUGGAAAGGUGGACUGUCGAUUGCAGUUGCGGAGCCAAGGACGACGAUGGCGAGAGAAUGCUAGCGUGCGAUCUCUGUGGCGUUUGGCGGCAUACAAGAUGUUCAGGAAUCCAAGACUCGGACAACGUCCCGGGGAAAUUUGUAUGUUAUAAAUGCAGAAGCUCGAUCGUUGCGAUGAAUACGAGCGGGGAGACAGAGGCGGAUACUCUUUCGAAACUAGGCUACGUUAGUUGAGAUCUGUAUGGAUGUAUAUAGUUUUGGUUUCAGUUUUUUUUUCUUUUUUUGGUUCUUGUUUGGUGGUGGGGGUGGGAGAAGGAGAAUGUGUACAUGUGAAGAAGUUUGGCCGAAAUCUCUGAUUAGAUGUGUUUCCUAGUUUUGUUAUUCUUGUACAUGUUCAACUGAUGGCGAAACUUGGGAUUUAUGUGACCACGGAUCGGAAAAACCAAAGAAAAAAAAAGAGAAAAAAGAGAUGGAAUUUACCAACUCUUUCAAAUUCA